UACAGAUAAAAUUUUCGUUAAAUGUUAGUUUGAAUAUUUAAUCUAAACCCGUAAAAUAUGAUGACCUCAAGGGAUUCCCGAUUCAAUUUUUCGAGUAUAUUUGGACCCAACCAAGUGCGGUUGCUUCACCAAAAGGAAACUUUCCAAAUUGGAAUAGUUCCCCGGAUAUUUCUCGCGUUGGCAUCCAUCUUUGUGGGGGCGGGCGGUGGGGAUGUUGGGGGCAGUUGGUUUUUUCGCUCGUCACAAUGUUCGUUUUGUGUACAAGCUAUUUUAUCAUUGCUUUGAAGGAUAGUUCUGUCCGGCCGGCCCGACUCUUGAUAUGUGCGCUGCUGUUGACUUAGCGAUCACUGGAAUUUGUUUCAAAAACAGAGUACUGCUAGAUAAAAUAAAUGCGUGUGUUUAUUUUGUUACUUUCACAAACAUUUACAAUAAAAUCGUGAAAACAAACGAUUUAAAUACGUUAUAGGCAUCCGUUGUUUAUGGCGAAGAUAAGCCAAAGCUAUCGGGACUCCGGUUUAUCUCGGCAAUUCAGGAUUCUACAUAGCUGUAAAUUUUUUGCCGGUUUUACGAUUUACGAGGUUAUAAAUUCUGAACGAAUGCGGAUAGUAAAACGGAAAGCUGAGUGAAUUUUUCAACAUGCCCUUAUUACAUUUACGCUACAUGUUGUUUGUGGGUAAUUUUAUUGCCGAUGACGCGAUCGUAAAAGUGUAAUGCGUGUUAAUAAUCAUGUUUACAUACGGACGUUUACAUUUUCAGUAAUAUGGUGCUCAUUAAUGGAACGCGCCUGGCGUCCGUUGAAGAAGAAAAGGAUAAAACGUUCGCCGGACUCUCGACCAGAGCUGGUGUACACGUUCAUCGAGCAAGCAGUGCAGCCUGGAGCGCAGGUGGCGUUAAAAUGCUCGGCGGUUGGCGAGCCGCCGCCUCGAUUCAAAUGGACGCUCGACUCGCAACCAAUACCGCCGCACCAUGGGGCGGUGAUAACCGAGGGGAGAGACAGCGGGCCGGCGGGGAUGGGGCCUGGAGGUAACUACGUCUUGUCGACGCUGUCGCUGAGCAGUGCGAAGGUCGAGCACGGUGGAAGAUACGAGUGCCGCGCCAGCAACGCUCACGGCUCGGUCGCUCACGCUGCCAGGCUUAACGUCUAUGGGCCCCCAUAUAUUCGAUCUAUGAGUCCUGUAAAAGCAGUCGCUGGUUCAGACACAACAGUGUGGUGUCCAUACUACGGAUUCCCAAUUGAUUCAGUAAAAUGGGACGGAGGAACUGGCAACGAUCCUAGAUAUCAGCAAAUCGACGGUCAACUCACCAUAAGUAAUGUAGACCGAAAUAGAGACCAGGGCGGGUGGGUCUGCUCCGUCCUGACACCUGGCGGGGAACUUGCACGGCGAGAGGUGCAAAUAACGGUGGUCUCGCCGCCCGUGCUUUCGCCCAUCGUAUUUCCACCUGGCUUAAGGGCUGGCGACCGUGCGCAACUCACCUGCACUGUCACCUCUGGCGACAUGCCCGUCUAUUUCUCCUGGCUUAAAGAUCAAAUUAACAUACCUAGCGCACUACAGGUCGAUGAGCGAGGUGCUGAAUUUUACAGCAUGUUGCUUUUUAAAAGUCUCACAGCUGCUCACAGCGGAAUCUACACAUGUGUCGUCACCAACACUGCCGGCAAAGCUAAUACGUCUGCGGAAUUAGCUAUCAAAGUGCCUCCGUAUUGGCAGAUCGAGCCUUCGGACACGGCGGUGCUGCUCAACGGAUCGCUAACCGUGAGUUGCGAGGCUCGGGGGCAUCCUUCACCGGCUAUUUAUUGGACCAAGUUCUCUGGCAGUGCCGAAACGACGUUAGGAGCGGUCUCGGAGCCGGCGGUACUCAACAACGGGUCUCUAAGACUGGAGUCGGCGCGCGCCGAACACUCCGGCAAAUAUCGGUGUCGCGCCGACAACGGCGUCGCACCCGCGCUGUCCAAAACACUCACCAUACACGUCAACGAGCCGGCAAGAUUCGAGACGCCAUCGGUGAAUGUGACUGCAAAGCUCGGCGACACAGUGAGGCUGGCGUGUGUAGCCCGUGGAGACAGUCCGCUCUCUACCACGUGGAGUCACUCUGGACGCGCCCUGCCUAAUUCUGAUUAUAGAAUGAGCAUAUCAGAAACCCGAAGCGCAGAAGGCCUGCGAAGUGAAUUGGUAGUGGAGCGGGCUGACAGAAGAGACUCCGGCGUCUACCGGUGUCAGGCGACCAAUCCAUAUGGGCGGUCCGACCACUUCGUUCAUCUUGCAGUUCAAGAACCUCCGGAGCCACCGUCAAACUUCAGAGUGUUAGAGACCACAUCGAGGUCGGUCCGCCUGCAAUGGCGUCGCCCUUACGACGGCAACUCGCCCGUGCUGGGCUACGUCGUGCAGUAUCGGAAACACGACUCAACCAGCUCGGAUACUUGGAGAGACGCGGACACGCACAAUGUGUCGGUCUCGGCGCAUAACUUGGACAGUUACUCUGAAACCGAAGGCGCCACGAUAUCCGGCCUCGAGCCAGCCACCGCUUACCUGGUCAGAGCUCGCACAGUGACGGCUCAAUUUGCGUCGACUCAUACGAGAGCGCUGCUCGCUCUGACGUCACAUGAACCGCCGGCGCGUGCGCCGCUGAGUCUGAGGGCUUCGGCUCCGAGGGCUUCCACUAUUGAACUAGCUUGGCAGCCACCGCCGUCUUCAUCGUGGAACGGCGAGCUCCUGGGCUACUCUGUCUGGUGGUGGGCCUCCGCCGACGGCACGCUGUCAGGAGGGGCCAACGUUGGGAUGGAGUUCGCUACCGUGCGGGGGCAGAUCACUAAAUAUACUAUUGAGGGGCUGGAGCAUUAUACUCGGUAUUCCGUGAGCGUCAGAGCCUUCAACAGCGCUGGCGCGGGCCCAGCCACCGCGCCCGUCAAUACGUUGACUCAAGAAAGUGUGCCAUCAGAAGGGCCCCGCGGCGUGCGGUGCCGCGCCGUGUCUCCUCAGAGCCUGAAGGUGGAGUGGUCGCCGCCGCCCGCGCACGCGCACCACGGCUCGCUGCUCGGAUACAAGCUGCUCUACCGCCCUGAGCACACGGCAGAGUGGCUGGAGUGGGAGGUGCGCGGGAGCGGCGGGGGCAAUUCAGGAGCGGGAGCGGAGGUCAAGAGGGUAGCGGGCGUGGAGACGCUACUGCUGGCGCUGAGGCCGUACACCAACUAUACGAUACAAGCGUUGGCGUAUACUGGGGCAGGGGAUGGUGUGCCGGCCCAUCCUGUGCACUGUAUAACGCAACAAGAUGCUCCAGGACCCCCAGCUGCUGUGAAGGUCGUCGCAACGUCAGUGACUUCGCUAGCAAUUAGUUGGUUGCCUCCAAGUCGCCCUAAUGGACCAGUGCUGUAUUACACAGUGUUCUAUCGUGAACUUGGCAGGGACAGGCCUCCGCAAACCACAACAGUACAGGCUGAAGACAGUGAUCCAACAGUGGGCUUGGGCGGCUCAGCCGAGUUAAGGUCCUUGUCCGAAGACGCCACAUACGAAGCGUGGGUGGCCGCGCAUUCUGUAGCUGGUGAGGGCGAGCCGUCCGCUCCUCAACCUGCAACUACUAGUUCUAGAGCGGGAGUACGCUUGCUCUCGUUCGGCGUGUGGGCACGAGUACAAUGCGGCCAUUCGCUGCGUUUGGCGUGCGUGUGGCGAGGAGAGCCAAUGCCGCGCGCGCGGUGGCUGCGGGGAGACCGACCCGUCACACACGACCCGAGGACGCAUCUCACGCCGCAUGGACAUCUUGCUAUACAUGAAGUUGACGCAUCAACAAGCGGCAACUAUACAUGCUCAGCGCGUAACGCCUUCGGGUCCGAGGAGGUGACGUACCGGGUGGAGUGUGCCGUGCCCCCGGCUGCACCGGCGCUGUUCCUCGACCAUGCGGCGCACAGGGAAGCUAAGCUCACAUGGCGGACCACACACCAUCCUGCUGCGCCUCCACAUGGUUUCACUAUAUGGUGGGUGCGAGUUCGCGAUGAUAGCGUAGACAGCUUAGAAGCUAGCUCAAGAGGAGAAGAAGAGAAGAAGCUAGAAGCUGGUGGGGAAGCGUCCAGCGUAAUGCUCAGGUCUUUGUCCUGUGGGGCGUCUUAUUCUGUACGCGCGGUGGCGCAUUCGAGAGCGGGGCCGUCGCCACCAUCGGCGCCAUUACUUGUCAAGACGAAACCACCAGUGUUAGUAUGGGAAGGAGGGGGAGACCGGCGCGACCAAGAGGAAGGCGCCGAAGCGGCGAUAUGGAGCAACAGCAGUGCCCUCGCAUUAGAUGCUAGAAGGGCCGUGCGGUGUAAUGCGCGCCUAGUGAGACUGCAGUGGCGACGAGCUGACGCCGGCGCUGCGUUGUGGACAGACGCCGACCUUACGUCACUACAUCAUCAUAGGGAGGUGGUAAUCGGUGGUCUAACGGCGGGCGCGUGGUACGCCCUCCGGCUGUGGACGUCCACGGAGUCAUCGAGACACCAAGCCAUAAUCUACGCUGCAACCACUACCCACGCUGGAGAGCGUCUUCGACGACCAGUGGCCUUCCAAUCCGAAGGCAGCUCAGUAGGGACGGUUGGAAGCAACGCCGAGGCCGAGCGGGUACUCGGAGCAGUAUCACUGGCCUUUGCAGCACUGGCUGCUGUCGCUGUCACGGCUUUGAUACUAGUCCUGCUGGCUAAGCGAAGUACGCUAUGGCCAUGUGGCGGAGCAGUGGACGAAGAGACGCGCCGCUGCAGCCACUCGGUCGCCAGCACCGACAAGUCAGUGUGCCCCGAACAGCAGAACAUGCGCAACUGCCAGCACGACUACAAGCACGACAAGCUGUCUCCGGCCUCGGAUGUAUACGAAAUAAGCCCAUACGCAACUUUCGCCGUCGGAGGCGAAACAGCAGCGACACUGGACCACACUUUACAGUUCCGGACCUUCGGUCAUCGCGACAACGAUGCUCCUCCUCACAGGCCGUGCAGGAAGCACCCGCAGAGGCACCGGGAUCGGCCUGAGGGUAAGACGUAUGUCGAGAAGCACCACUCGGACUGCGAGCUGCAGCAGCUGAGUCGCUACGAGAAGGUGCGGCCGAGACACUGCGCUGGCACCUCGUACUGCGUGCCUCUCGCACACCAUGGCGGUGCAAGCAGCGGAGGCGGAGGCGGCAGCGGGGGCGGAUUCUCAGAAGUGUAUGCCGGGGACUCCAGCGCCGAGUCCGGACCCGGCUCACUGUCCCCGCGGACCCAUCACGAGCACAGCUAGCGUGAACGGCUGCAAACAAACAUGCAUAUC